AUGUCUUCUCUGGCUUCCGUGACGCAGCUGCGGACGUUGCUUUUGUCCGCACUCAGCCCGCGUGGGCUCCAAAAUGGCGAGCAGGAGUUCUUCGAAGAGCUCAUGGCCCAUAAGCCGCUUUUGACGAACCUUUACGACGUCGGUCCACGAAACGCGCAAGAACAACGAGAUUGGAAUAGAAAAGACGUAGCUGGUCUAAAAUCAUAUUCAGGCAAGAUCACAGUCAAUGGCAGACCGCACGCUGUGAACCCCGACUUUGCUCGACAAACUCUCUUCAUUUCCCAAGAACUCGACGUGUCCGAGCGACACGCGGCGAACCUCCUACAACAUGUCAUGUCCGUGAAUCCCAACGUCCCCAUGGAGCGCUGCAUCGAGGCCACCAUUCUUGAGUUCCACACACGGCGCCGCCACCUUGCCGACUGCCUGCAGUACAUCCUCGAGGCGGCGCAGUUGGGUGAGGCAGGGGAUGUCCGCAGUUCGAGACAGAACGCGAGGAGUGAUACGGUUGCACCUACACAAGGUGCCCAAGCAUCGCUGGGUGCGGAUAUUCUCACUGCGCGGUGCGAUUCGCUCAAAUACGAGCGGCGGACCCUUGCGAUGGCGUUGUACUUCCUCGGCCGAAUGGGUUUUCUAGCCCCCAACGAGGUGUCAAAGCUCAUCGACUGGCUGGACGCGAACCCUCAACACCCCAUGACGUUCUACAUCCUUCCUACCAUCCUCGCAGUCUUUGACAUUGUGCGGCCCGAUUCAAAUGCUGGUCUGGCGCGCAAGCAAUACGUUUCUGACAAAGGCCUCAUGAACUACAUGAGGAAAAAGCUUGACAUCGGCACUGAGUGGAAGGAACCCGGUCUCAAGGCCACCAUGCUGCUGAAGUGGACCCUUUUCCUCGCUGAGACGCGACAACGGAACCCGCCGCUGGAGAACGCGGAAGGAUUCAAGACAGAGGAGCUCGAGACACAGAUCUGGAACGCAGUGCAGGGCGACUGCUUCACUUACCUCUUGCGUAUGAUUGCACGACUUCAGAAGAAACACGCUGCUUACCCACCCACCUCCUUCGCGUCAAACCUCCUUGCGCAAACCGAGCAGGACCCAUCGUCAGAACUCCCAGCAGAGGAGUUCAAGCCUGCCAUUCUAGAGGCAUGCGAGCUCCUCAUCCGCUCAAUGAUUGGCCAAGCCUCGUCCGAGCUGCGCAAGAUCAAGCAGCGACAGGAGGAUCUACUUCUCGCUGGCGCUCGUUCUGGUCAGACGAGGGCCUUUCGCUCGUCGCAUGCCCAACCAUCAGCCCGCUUCGCACCUGGCAGCUCGGAGGCAGACAAGCCCGGCGCACCUCCUCGCAACGACAUGGCCGUGCUAUUUUCACUGACCGGUCUUCUGUACUCGACGCUACCUCCGGAGCGCGCGCUGCAUUUCUGGGGAGGCGGUUCCAUCCCCGACGGCAGGCGAUCAACGUACGCUGAAACUAUGGAGGCAAGUUCGGGAAAGCUGCCUGCGUUCCUCAAUUGGGCUGUUUGGUCAACCCAGCCACGCGAUGUGGACAUGCUCAUGGCGUUGUAUGACAUGCUCAGUGGUCUCGCGACAGGGCAGCAGUGCAGCGAGCUCGCGUAUAACUUCCUGGCGCGUGGUGGAGGAGACGCCGUCCCAGGGGGCGCACCGGCCUCGUCCUCCAGUGCGCAUCUCGCCGGUGGCCCCGCCGUCUCGUGGAGCGCCAUCUUUGGCCUUCUUGAUUCGUGGGUCACGGCUGGGUCUGCGCCGCGCAACAACCAAGCUCCUCCGCAGAUGACCGGAAUACAGUCCGGCUUCGGUGCCGCGCAGCAAUGGCAAGCUCCUCAGCCACCACAACCGCCACCACAACUCGCGUUCACUCAGCAGGACGUCUUGCUUGCACAAGCAUUCCUUCGCUUAUUGGCAACUGUCGCCACACAUUCGGUAGCGGUCAGAGUCACAAUCAGCGGCCACGCCCGCUUCCGUGCUAUCCCCACCCUUGUAUCCCUUGUCCCGCUUGGUAUCCCUCUCGAACUCAAGGGCUCGAUUUUUGAGACGUUGGCAGCGUUCUGCGAGCCGGGCGCGGGCAGUGCCGGCGUGGAGAUCUGUCGAUCGGUGUGGGUACUCAUGGAGCGUAUGGAAGUCAUCAACGUGCGCGUUAAUACCGGGUUCGGAGGUUCACUUUCUACAGUCAAGGGCGUGGAAGUGGAAUUGGAGGAAGUCGAAGCGGUCUACAAGAUGUACCCUGCGACGAUUCCCUUCCUGAAGCUCCUCAGCACCCUUAUACACACCCCGAAGAGCAUUCCGCUUAGGGACCGCGUUGCGGACGCAGAGCCAAUCAACACAAUCCCCGAGAACUUCGGACAACCGUAUAGGCAGCCCGGUAUUGGCCCGUUCUCAUCAUUCGUAAUCGACAACGUCUUCUCGAGGAUCAAUGCUCGGGAAUACCUGCGUCAUGCAGACAGGUGGCGGACGAACGAUCUCUGCCUGUGCUUCAUCGAACGCUGCUUGGCUAGCUAUGACCUCGAAUCCCUUGUGACGAGCACAGAUGAGCUGCAGCCGAAAGGUGACGAUCUCCUGCAGCUCGCUGUCCACCCUGGCUUCGACAUCAUGAAGCGGCUGCUCACUGCAUCCACUCUGCAGACUAAUAUGCUGUCUUACCUCGUGGACGGUUUGGACGGCCUUGAUCGAGGAUUCGCCGAAGAGGAAUACUUCUUUAGGACGACCAUCGUCCGUGUCUUGCGUAUCAUUCACCGCGUCCUCGACAUUCAAGACGUUUUCCUGGAUGUCUUCCUCCCGUUACUCGCAGAGCUCAACGAUCCGGACAUAGGGGAUGUGCCACACGCUUCGUACUUCACGCGGUUCGAUCAGGUCCUGUCUUACUCCCCCGAACACGUCCCGGCGGUCGCGGCGUACGUGGCCUACCCAGCCUACCCCGAACUUGUGCUUCUCAGUGUGAAGAUCCUCACGGCGUUGGCAGCCUCUUCGUCCUUUACGCAACUUGCACUACUUAUCGAGAGAAGCGCAGAGUCUGACCGGAUUCUCGAUGGCUACGUAUCCAUCAUGGACUGCAACGUGUUGGAAGACGUGGAUGCUGCAGAGACCUUUGUGGAGCAGAGUACAGGUGCAGGCGCUCACACUGUUGAUGAACCAUCCGAUGCACUACUGCAGGCUAUUCGACUCGCCACGUUGGACUUCUUCAUCCACAACACACAUCAGAACAGGCCAUAUCCGAACAUUGCACACUGGCUGCUUUUCGGUGGUUCCGCCGCCAACAAUCAGAUCCAGGACCCACACGCACUUGGUGCUCGGCGAUCUUGCAUCCAUUCGAUUCUCGACCUUCUCAACUCCGGCGUGCCUAGAAUGAAAGGGAAGGGACGCGAGCGCAGGCAACCUGCAUCUGGUGACGCGCUGUUCGCCGUACUUCCUGCCCUAGCGGAACGAUGCUAUCACGUCAUGUACGAGCUAUAUUUUUUCGCGCGGCAUCUUGCUGCGAUUCCGUUCAAGGCUCCGGGCGCCGAGCGAGAACCAUGUAUCGAGGUCGUGUAUAACGAUGGUUCGCGCGUCGUCACUACUGUCCCAAACAUUGCCGCAUUCUUGAAGCUUCGUUCCUGGAUAAUGGACCUCAUCGCUCUCGAGCUCCAUGUCCUCGUCAACAAGGGUCACCACAAAACCGUCGCGGAACUCUUAGAGCUUCUCUUCGGCAACGAGGGCGGAUACGUGGAGGUCGGUGCUGAGGGUUGGGGGGGCGAUAUUUACAGGCCAUUUCACGAAGUAGGGCAGUCCCAUCUGCGCAUGGUCGAGUUCCUCCAGUCCCUGGACUUCGACUGGUCCGAUGGUUUAACGGUUCAGCCUAUGGAGCUCCAAUUCUUGAGCCAGCUGAACCUUCAGAGCUGUGUCCGCGUCAACGAAGACGGCUGUGAGAUCGUUGACCGGACCGCUUUGCUGUCGUUGUUGGCAUCAGCGCGCAAGGUCCUUCAUACGCAGAGUCAAAUCGUCACGCCUACACAUCUUCAGCAGCUGACGGCCGAGAUCAACUAUGUCCUGCAGAGCUGUGCCAUCGAGAACCAUCGACGGGAGGUCCGCUUCGCAGCUGCCAAUGCUUACGAGGCUUGGAGACGACUCCUCGAUAUGACCCUCAUGAAGUGUUUCAACCGAUUGCCUUACGACCGUCGAGAGGACAUGCUCUUCGAUCUCCUCCACGUAAUGCCGUUGAUCAUGCGAUCUGCGAACACUCAGGAGUCGACUGCCAUCUUGCUGGCCGAAGCAAUGCUCUCGACUAUAACGAAACUGCGCGAAGAUCGACACCAUCAAAUCCUGUUACGUUCUGCUGGUGGCGAUGUCGAAGCUGGCUCGUUACCUGCUGAGCGAUUACAUGCACUUCUUCGCAGUAUUCUGGAGUGCAUAGUGGAUAAUAGUCGCGUGGAGCUCGUUCGUGGAAACCUCUACGCAUCCCUCGUCAACUAUUUACACUUGGUGAUGUCGUCGAACAAUGGACAAGACUUGGAUGCAUCCGGCCUGGAUUCCUCCUUGACGUCGUCGUUAAGCCCAGACAGCCUGUCUGCAGCCGACGGCCUGGCGGUUGGCUUCCCGCGCUCCCCUGCAGGAGCGACUCACAUCAGCGGUACAUUAUCGAUUCUGAAGAGCGUCAUGGAGCGUCUGGUCAUCAUUGUAUCUCGAGACGCGAUCGAUGGGACAGAAGUUUGGAAGACUGUGGCUUUCAUGCUCCUCGACUCCUUGGUGCGACUGGCCCGCUGGGAGAAGCACACGCCAACUGUGCUUCAAGCUCUUGCGCGUCAUGGCUUCCUUGCCGGAUUUGUUAGUGGUUUGAAGGAGUCGGACUCGCGACUUCAAGCUGUCUUGAAACCCGAUCCAGAUGACCUGAAUUCGUUAUAUGUCUACGAAGCAAAGAUGUCUCUGCUCAUUCGCAUGUCGCAAAGUCGUCAAGGGGCGGAGCGACUGCUGGAGUCCAGAACAAUCCCAGUACUGGCUGACUGUGAAUACCUCGAUGCGAGACCUGAGGCUGAUCAGGCAUUCAUGGAUCACGACUCGUUCUUGCCCUCUGCGGUCCAGAGGUACCAUCAACUGUUCUUGCCAGCUCUACAGCUUGUCAGUGGUAUAUUGGUCACUCUGGGCCACCGGCACACGACAGCAGUCAACCACGCUCUGCAAUUCCUCUCAAGCCACAGAGACACUCUGAUCAUCCUCCUCAAAAACGAGGUCGACGAACUGUCCCUGGCAGUGAUCGAGGAGAUGCGUCUCAUUGUCUCAUUAUGUGCCAAUGUCCUCCAUCUAGUUCCCAAGACAGAAUUGCUUUCCAGCUCGGGCUUUGGGGGUAUCCAUGCUGCGAUUUCCGGCCUGGCCACAAGAUGUCUCGGAAACGGACACUGGUCAGAAGCCGUGAGGCCACAGAGCGACGCGGAGUUAGUCGACGCAGGCAUAACGGGUUCAGCUUACGGCACGGAGACGAGGUUCCGUUUCGCCGUACACGACAGAGAACGGCUCUUGCGUAGGGCGCUGACUGCGUACUUAGGUGCGGCUAGUGAGUUCACGGAACCGGACAUCACUCUCGUCUUCUCGCCGAUCGUGACGACGCCGAAGGAAGAGCGGACGUCUCGGUUCUUGGCCACGGUACCGACUGUUGGCGAUGCGAUCGAGGCACUGAAUCAUCUUUGUGAUGACCUCUCUUCCUCAAUCAAGCGAAUAGCGGAUAUAUCGGCUGAGCUGAACUCGAAGACGUACAUACGGGUGGAGAACAUCGAGGACAUCAUCCCAAUGUCGGAUCCCGCAUUGUUGGAGAACCUCGACAUGCGACAGAGGCAAUCGCUGAUCGCAAGGCAACUGGCUCGGUGGCGCACCGACGCCGGUCGGCGUGCGCACGUCACCCUGAGCUCGCUGGAGAUGCUCCUGUUGCUGUUGUGGCGGCACCUGGAGUUCUACUGCGAAGGCAGGCACAUCAACAACCCCGAUCUUAAAGGCUCGAUAUCGCACACCAUGCGCUUCGCGUCAUCACCCGACAUUGAGACGUUGAAGGUAGAGGCCGCGAGGAAGGUUGUGCCUGCGUUCCACAAGCUGGAGAGCCUGGAUUUGACCGAGGACACUGUCGGGAAGGAAUGGCAGUCAUACGAAAGCUAUAUCGAGAUCAUGUCGCGGAGGAUCAAGGAGACGGUUGGCUUGCAGGAUGAACCGGAGGGAGGACAGGACGGGGAUACAUACAUCUCGUGAACAUUGUCAGUUUCAACGCAGGGAUCCCAAAAGGAGUAGUCUUGUACAUAUGUGUUAUCAGGGAUGUCGGAACAAGC